CGCAGUGGCGGCGUGCUGCUGGUUUUGUUGAUGUUGUGCUGGAGUUCAUUGUUUUUGAGCUGAGGGAAGAUCACGUUUCUCUGUCCGGUUUCCACGGCGCUGGGAACUCACACCCGGGUCCUCCAUGAGGGGCUGAUGGAAAGGGCUAAGGAGCUGGCUGACCUUCCUUCACACUGUGUGCGGAAAAGACGGGACUCAUUCGGAAUGUUUGACGGGUAUGAUAGCUGCAGUGAGGACACCAGCAGCAGCUCCAGCUCCGACGAGAGUGAAGAGGAGGUGGCCCCACUACAGUCCAGUCUCCCAAUUAUUAAGAACAAUGGGCAGGUGUACACUUAUCCAGAUGGCAAAUCUGGCAUGGCUACAUGUGAAAUGUGUGGAAUGGUCGGGGUCCGAGACGCUUUCUACUCUAAAACAAAGAGGUUCUGCAGUGUCUCAUGCUCGCGAAGCUAUUCUUCAAAUUCCAAGAAGGCGGGCCUCCUGGCAAGACUACAGGGUAAACCACCCAAUAAAAAGGCAAAGGUUCUCCAAAAACAGCCAUUAGUUGCUAAGUUGGCAGCUUAUGCACAAUAUCAAGCUACUUUGAAGAAUCAGUCAUUAAACAAAACUGUCAUACCAGCAGAGGGUUUCACCUGGGGCUCCUACAUCACUAGACAAAACCUGGUGGCUGCUCCAGUGACUUGCUUCAAACACGCACCGAUGGGGACUUGUUGGGGCGACAUCUCAGAAGGUGUACGAGUAGAAGUUCUCAACACCGACAACAGUCUGUCUCAGAAAGUCUUCUGGAUUGCUGUCAUUGUGAAAUUAGCAGGCUACAAUGCCCUGCUGAGAUAUGAAGGCUUUGAAAAUGAUGCCAGCCUGGACUUCUGGUGUAACAUCUGCAGUAGUGAUGUCCAUCCAGUGGGUUGGUGUGCAAGCAGCGGAAAGCCCCUUGUCCCUCCACAAACCAUACAACACAAAUACACAAAUUGGAAAGCUUUUUUAGUCAAAAGACUGACUGGUGCCAAGACCCUCCCUCCAGAUUUUGCGCAGAAGGUGUCUGAUAGUAUGCAGUAUCCUUUCAAGCCUUUAAUGAGGGUAGAAGUAGUGGAUAAAACGCACCUUUGCCGGACGCGGGUUGCUAUUGUAGACACGGUCAUUGGAGGCAGACUACGACUGGUGUAUGAAGAAAGUGAAGACAAAACGGAUGAUUUCUGGUGUCAUAUGUACAGCCCCCUCAUUCAUCAGAUUGGUUGGUCUCGAAGUAUAGGUCAUCGCUUUAAGAGAUCAGAUAUACUAAAGAAACAGGAAUCUCAUUAUGAUGCCCCUGCCCAUUUAUUUGCAAAGGUCAAAGAUGUUGACCAGAGCUCUGAAUGGUUCAAGGAAGGGAUGAAACUGGAAGCUAUUGAUCCACUAAAUCUUUCUGCAAUAUGUGUAGCAACCAUUAGAAAGGUUUUGGCGGAGGGCUAUCUAAUGAUUGGAAUUGAUGGCUCCGAAGCAGCAGAUGGCUCAGACUGGUUUUGUUACCAUGCUUUAUCCCCCUCAAUAUUUCCUGUUGGUUUCUGUGAAAUUAACAAGAUUGAACUAACUCCACCACGAGGCUACGCAAAACUACCUUUCAAAUGGUUUGACUACCUCAGGGAAACUGGAUCCAUAGCUGCUCCUGUAAAGCUCUUUAACAAGGAAGUCCCCAAUCAUGGCUUCCGUGUUGGAAUGAAGCUUGAAGCUGUAGAUCUCAUGGAACCCCGGUUAGUGUGUGUUGCUACAGUCACACGCAUUAUACACAGACUACUAAGGGUCCAUUUUGAUGGCUGGGAAGACGAGUAUGAUCAGUGGGUAGACUGUGAAUCCCCUGACCUCUAUCCUGUUGGCUGGUGUCAAUUAACAGGAUACCAACUACAACCUCCAGCACCACAAGCAACAAAAGACAACCAGACCACUGUAUCCAAACAGAAAAAGAAGUCCAAGUCUCAGCAGUACAAAGGACACAAAAAAAUACCAACGCUGCAGCUAAAGGAGGAGUUUCUUGACGGAGAAGACUAUUCGUUUCUCCACGGAGCUUCAGAUCAGGAAAGUAAUGGAUCUGGCAGCUAUUACAUUAAACAGGAACCUUGAUGCAAAUUGAAUGAUUCUUAACAAUAAUUUAAGAAUGUUUUCAUAUAAAGAAAAAUACAAAAAAACUAUUUGAAAAUAAAACACAAAUGGACUCAUGUGCAGGGACACUCUGUGAAGUGACAAAGAAAAUAUUUUGGUGAAGAAAAAAAAAAAAAAGAUUUUACAAUUUAUGAAAAAACGUUAACAAUUUUGUGUUGUAUUUGAAGUUUUUGAAAAGAAAUUUAAUAUUUUCAAAUUUUACAACUAUCGUGCAUUGUGGGCACUGCAACAAAAUUCUUAGUUUUUUGGUACACUUAGCAGGGCUAGAUAUAUUUGUUUAGGAAGGGUGAUAUUUUGCAGAAAAAAAAUAACAAAAAAAAUGACACUUGGUACACACUGGGUAGCUUUCUUUUUCCGUGUCCAGGAAAUUUGUUUUAGUUAAUGUUUAGUUACAAUUUUUUUUAUUUGUUUUGUUAAUUGUCGUAAGAUUUUAAUAAUGUAAAAACUUGCCCAUCUGUAAUUAUUUUAAAAUUAUUAUUAUGUUUUUAGUUGACUUUAAAAGGGUAAACCCAUCUCAGACUUUGAUGGCAUAUUGCUGGGAUAAGCCAUCAAUAUCAGAUAGGUUCAGGUCCCACCUCUGGGACCCGCUCCUAUCUCCAGUUCUUUGUCUGAAUAUAUGUUCUUUUAUUAAUUUCGGCCCAUUUCUGCCUAGGGAAAUAUUUAUAAUGAACCCAUUUAAAAUGUUUACACAUGGCAUAUAUACGCUGCAUAUUUUCCGAGUGGAUUUUUGUGCAGAAACUCCACAGCAUAUUAUAAUAUCAGGCGCAUGCACGGUCACCCUCUGUUCACUACUGUGGCACUUGCGCCGCUCUUUCCACCAGUCCCAUAGUGAUGAAGGGAGAGUUGGCCAUGCAUGCGCUGUGCACUCUCCAUUCACUGCUAUAGAACUUCCAAAAUUAGAUGAGCAUACUCAUAGCAGUGAAUGGAGAGCGGACCGUGCAGGCGCGAUCAACUCUCCAUUCUAGAUGCUCCCAGAGGUGGGACCUGCACCUAUCUGACACUGAUGGCAUAUCUUAUAUCUAAGAUGGGAAUAUCCCUGUAAGAUGACUUUCAUUUAUUGGCAUGUCCCUCCUGCACCCGUCUCCUCCACUUUAGAAUUUAGGUCUAUGUCUGCGCUUUUCAGCCAUUAUUAUUACAUUGAAUAUUUCAGGUUUCACUACAGUGACGCAGAGAAUAAUCCGAAAUGGUGGAAGGCAUUGCAAAGGAUCUUUUGUUAACAUUUUUUUUUUUUUUUCUGUGCUUUUAAGUCAUGAUGUAAUAAGAUGUUUACUUAUCUUUCCUUUGGAAAUGCCAGAUCUAUACAGUCAUCUUGAUCUUGGGGAUCUGUCCCCACUCCUGACAUUUCUGUUUCUAUAAUUAUCUGUAUUCCCAUUCCUAGAAAUUAUAAAUACAUUGACAGCUAGGGAAAUGGAGUGUGUCCCUACACAGUCUUAGAGUGACUUCACACGCGGUGGAAAAUAGCAGUGAGGACUACAUCUCCCAUUGAAAUAAACAUUCUGCUUCAGUAAAGGCGCAACACAUCAUUAUUUUGUAUGUCAUUCUGCAAAGGAAGGCAGGGCGCAGGAAUUGACACUUUUUCAACCCCGUAGUAUAACAGGGGGGAAGGCUUCAUUCUGUGUAUUUUCUGCCAGGUGUGAAGGUGCCCUUACACUGUCAGCAAUGAGUGGACAGCGUCAGACUGUGUAGGGUAACAACGCCCACUUGCAACACCCAGUUGUCAAUUUAUUCAUGUAUUUUUAGGUGGAAUUACAAAGGAUUGACACAAGACAGCACUAUGAGCAAUGAGGGGGGAAACAACUAUUUACUAAAACAGACAGGUAAGGAGAGAUGACAGGUCCUCCUUAAUGUGAACAUCCACCAUGGCACACGGUCAAAAGAGAGCAAACGUCUAUGCUGAUUCAUUUUUUAACAUAUCUUUAUAUCGGUUGGAGCUUACUUUUUCUGAUACGUAGACAUAUUAAUAAGCCCUAGAUUAGCCUCUGUAUAGUUCCAUGUAUAAACAGUAAGCUUAUCGGCUCCUCCUAGUGGCAGCUGCAGGUAACCAAAAGUUCUAUCAUGUAAAAAGUGUUGUCCAGCCCAUUCAAUGUUUUAAAUCCGGCUCAAAUCUGCACGAAAUAAUAAAACAAAUGAUAGUCAUCUCACUUACACCUCCCGUUCCAGCGCUUCUGCUGGACUCUGUUUCUUGGUUCCUCUCCACACACACAAAAACUAAAAAAAUAACCACUUAAGCAAUCUCUGGAUUAAUCGGGUCACUACUGUGGCCAACGAUUCGCUAAGCGGUCAUUCCCUGUGUGUCAAGAAGGACCUAGGAAUGGCAGCGACCAGGGAUUAAUAAGCUACAUACACUUAUUAUAUUAUUUUACACCAACCCGAGCUGGUUUUAAAACAUUUUCAUCGGAUGGGCAACCCCUUUCCGUCUCUGACUGUGCGUUGUGAAGCUCUGAAUCAGAUAAACCAACCCCUAGAAAGAUCUAUUAAGAAAUGAAUCAGAAUUUCAGAUCCUAAAAUAACAAAAUGUUGUAAGGUUACACAAGUGACCAUAGCGUUAAAGAUGUCUUCCAGGAUUUUCCUACUGAUGACCUAUCUCCAGGAUAGGUCAUCAAAAAUCUCAUCGGUGGGGGUCCGACCCCCGCCGAUCAGCUGUAUGAAAAGGCAGCAGGGCUCUUGUAAGUGCCGCGGCCUCUGUACUCCCCAAGCACAACCCCAUACAUUGUAUAGCGGCUGUGCUUUGGUAUUGUGCUCAGCCUCGUUCACUUCAAGAAGGCACCAGAGCGCCAUUGCCUUCUCAAACAGCUGAUAUAGGGGCCUGGGAGUUGGACCCCCACAAAUUGGAUACUGAUGACCUAUCCAGAGGAGUAAAAUCCCGGAAAACCCCUUUAAUGUUCACUGAAAAGCACAGCAAGGAAACAUAGAGAAUGAAGUUGCGGGUAUUGCAAAGUGAGGACGAGGUCUAGAAACCAAUAACUUAAAGCACUUGACAGUGGAUAACCACUUUAGUGAAGGUUGAGUUGAAACUGCAUGAACAAAGUCAUUUUGCCAGGUACAGGUCCAUGUGCCUUACUCUGUCUCCAUCACUGAAACAACAUCGUAAAACUGUGCAUGUUUUAUUUGAUUUUUGUUUUAGUUUAGAAUGCCAUUUCUUAGCCAGCUUACUUCAAAGUUUUCCUGUAUGUAAAGGUUGUAAAAUAUUCCUUCAUUAUGGAGGCAUCCAGGUUCAUAUAUUACGGAAAUGCAUAAUUCUGCGCUGCCGCUCUGGACACCAAGUAUAUUAGGACAUACAGUCCCCUAAUAUAUCAACGAAGGAAUCUUAUCACUAGAAGUAUAAUUCAACUUUCUCUCCAUAUAAAAUUACAAACUACAAGCUUUUCUCCCUUUCUGGACCUAGAAGUUCUGUGUAGGUGUCUAUUCUCAUACCUAUAGUUCAGUUAUCCUUAAAGGACAUCUGUCAGCAGAUUUGUAGCUAUGAAACUGGCUGACCUGUUACAUGUGCACUUGG